CAUCACCAACCUCCACCCUCAGCAAUCUCGCACCCAGCAAAAGGAAACUCGAGCUGCAGACUCUGGACACACUUUCUAAGCUACCCACUUCCCACCCCUCCGCAUAUUCUUCACCAACUGGGGAGUUUCUGACAUUCGCUCACUCACAGACUGCAUUCCACACCGCCAAAGCUGUGAGAAUAUUACUACUUCGACAUACUUUGCGCAAACUCUAUCCACCGACAUUCUUGCGACCAGACCAGUCGCUCGCUCAAGGGACGAGUGCGUUCCGUCGCACGUUUUCCCCGGCCCUUUGGGGGCGCAGGGACGUGAAGGCAUACGUUCCAAGAGCACGUUGAGAGAAAAACACAUUCACAAUGGCGGGCCUCAAGUUCGCUGUUAGCAUGCAGCGGUUAAUACCAUUUUUGGGGUUUCACCAUGUUCUCAUGAUCCUGAUAGCCGUUGCUAUUAUCCUACUAUCACUACUACUCGCAGGAUGCUCGUCCACAUCACCGCUCAUUCCAGGCAUUUUCCUCAUCUCCAUGUGGUACGAAAAAUACACGCCUACCUACUCAAUCGACCAAGUCGACCCUGGCGUCACACAAGCCAUUGCCAACAUCGUCGGUAAUGCGCAGCUCGGCGUCCGCGUAGGCUACUUCGGCAUUUGCAUCAACCGAGAUGGCGGUGGCUACAUUUGCUCCAACAACGCAACAGCGCUCGUGGACAACGUCUCCGUUGAUCAGGACCCGCUCAACCUCGUCUGGGUCGCCGCUACCUUCAAGGAUGCCGUCGUCUUCCCCUACCUUCUCAUUGUCGCCAUCAUCCUCGCUUUCUUCACCUUCAUCCUGCUCGCAACGUUUCCAGGGUGGCACGAAGAGCGAGACGAGCACACAGGCUCCGACGUCGAUGUCAAGCCUUUCCCCUCAAGACCCGUUUCGCAAGUCGCGCUCGCACUCAUCUUCAUCUCGUCCAUCUUCGUCCUCGUCUCCGUGCUAUGGCAACAUACAGCCUCAGUCGCAGCAGCAACAAUCGCUCAAGAUCUAGGGAACGGGAGUGUCAAAUCCGGUGUAGGCACGUCAGCAAUGGUACUCGGUUGGUUCGGAUUUGUACUGCUCAUAAUAGUAACCAUCGGGUUACUUGUCAUGAUCCUGAGCAUCAUCGUCCUGGACCGCCUGACCGACGACUAAGAGCAACCCGGUACUGAUUCGAAUUGCAUGGAUUUUAAUAAAAAGACCAGGUGGUAAUGUGGGUGUAUUGUAUAUUUGCGCCCAGCGUCCCUUGGCUGGUUUUGUUUUGUUCUGUUCGCUACGGCACGAUUUGUUACAUACCCACCUUUUGACGACGCAACUGCAGCCUGCUGCAAGGGACGACGUUUUUGGCAUAUUCGGCGUUGGGGGGCUCUUCUUGCAUUUGGAUGAAUUGAUCCGCGACCAUGGGUGGAGGAUUGCACACGUGCAUGAGCAGAAGAACGCGAUGAUGAGCAUGCAACGUAUUGAUGGAUAGGAUUUAUGUAACCAACGACAGAAUGAGAGAAGAAUUGUUG